UUUUUCACCUCACCAGGACUCGGAAUCGUUUGUAAAGCUUCGACUCUUUCGAAUCGAGCAGCUCCGCGCAUGCGCAGAAGCACGUAAGCAGGACUUGGUCUCUGAGACUCGAUUGCUCAAGUCUCAGUUCUGCCGAGCUUUUUUUCGAUACCGGCAUCUUUAUUUUUCUCCCCUCUCUCUCGCUCCGUCUCGUUCUCCACCGUCUCACUCUUGUCUCGCUUUUUAUCUCUAAUCGAUCUCUUCAAGAAAUCACGUCACAAUGACCGGAGAUCACGGACACCACCAGGUGGAGUCUGGAGCUCGACUAAACGAUUCCCACAAACAUAAAGACAAGCAUAAAGACAAAGAGCACCGGCACAAAGACCACAAGAAAGACAAAGAGCGUGAGAAGUCCAAGUACACUAACAGUGAGCACAGAGACUCGUCUGAGAAGAAGCACAAGGACCGCGAGAAAGAGCGAGUGAAACACGGGGAGGACAGUGCCGAGAGACACAAAGAAAAGAAGAGAGAAGAGAAGAUUAAAUCACACAGCUCUAAUGGGAAGCAUAAGCGUGAGAAGGAGAACGGCUACGUGAGUCACAUCAAAACAGAGGAGGACAACGGAUACGGAUAUUCUCCGAAGCCGGAGAAGCCGAUGAAGAGAGACAGGGAUGAGGACGAACUCGAGUACAAACCCAAAAAGAUCAAAGUGGAAAAGGAGAACAAGGUGAAAAAACGGAAGCAGGAGGAAGAGUUUGACUACUAUGAUGAGGACGUAAAGCCGAAAAAGAAAUCGAAAGGUAAGAAAGACGACUCGGCUGGAGGGGGGAAGAAGAAGGCCAAGAAGGAGCCGGAGGAGAAGUGGAAAUGGUGGGAGGAGGAGAGAUGCACAGACGGCUCCAAAUGGAGGUUUCUCGAGCACAAAGGUCCCGUUUUCGCUCCUCCAUACGAGAGACUUCCGGAGAACGUUCGCUUUUAUUACGACGGAAAGGUCAUGAAGCUGAGCGAGCAGGCCGAGGAAGUGGCCACGUUCUUCGCCAAAAUGCUCGACCACGAAUACACGACCAAGGACAUAUUUAGGAAAAACUUCUUCAAAGACUGGAGGAAGGAAAUGACCUCAGAGGAAAAGUCCAAAAUCUCUGACCUGAACAAGUGCAACUUUACUGAGAUGAGCGAGUACUUCAAAGCACAAUCGGAGGCUCGCAAACAGAUGUCCAAGGAAGAGAAGCAGAAAAACAAAGAGGAAAAUGAACGGCUUGUGGAGGAGUACGGCUUCUGCCUGAUGGACAACCACAAAGAGCGCAUCGGAAACUUCCGGAUCGAGCCUCCCGGGCUUUUCCGAGGUCGAGGAGACCACCCGAAGAUGGGCAUGCUGAAACGGCGCAUUCGCCCUGAAGACAUCAUCAUCAACUGUAGCAAGGACUCUAAGCAUCCCAAACCUCCUCCAGGUACUAAGUGGAAGGAGGUCCGUCAUGAUAACAAAGUGACCUGGUUGGCGUCAUGGACGGAGAACAUCCAAGGUUCCAUCAAGUACAUCAUGCUGAACCCCAGCUCACGUAUCAAGGGAGAGAAGGACUGGCAGAAGUACGAGACGGCACGCAGGCUGAAGAAGUGUGUGGAGAAGAUCCGAGCGCAGUACCGUGAGGACUGGAAGAGCAAAGAGAUGCGAAUCAGGCAGAGAGCCGUCGCUCUGUACUUCAUCGAUAAGUUGGCUCUGAGGGCGGGGAAUGAGAAAGAGGAGGGGGAGAGUGCUGACACUGUAGGCUGCUGCUCUCUGCGGGUGGAGCACAUUAACCUUCACCCUGAGAUGGAUGGUCAGGAGUUUGUGGUGGAGCUCGACUUCCUGGGAAAAGACUCCAUCCGCUACUACAACAAGAUUCCUGUGGAAAAGAGGGUGUUUAAGAACCUGCAGCUGUUCCUGGAGAACAAGCAGCUGGAGGACGACGUCUUCGACAGACUCAACACGUCCAUCUUGAACAAACAUCUCCAGGAGCUGAUGGACGGAUUAACAGCCAAAGUGUUCCGUACCUACAACGCCUCCAUCACCCUCCAGCAACAACUCGACCAGCUCACCAACCCUGAAGAUAACCUUCCAGCAAAGAUCCUCUCCUAUAACCGUGCGAACCGUGCCGUAGCCAUCCUAUGUAACCACCAGAGGGCGCCACCCAAAACCUUUGAGAAGUCCAUGCAGAAUCUGCAGGCCAAAAUCGAUGCGAAAAAGAAACAGAUUUCUGCAGCCAAGAAAGAGCUGAAGUCGGCCAAAGCAGACGCCAAGGCCAUGCACGACGAGAAGAGCAAAAAGUCGGUGGAGACAAGGAAGAAGGCGGUCCAGAGGCUGUCUGAGCAGCUGAUGAAGCUGGAGGUGCAGGCCACCGACCGCGAGGAGAACAAACAGAUCGCCCUGGGAACUUCCAAGCUCAACUACCUGGACCCGCGCAUCUCCGUCGCCUGGUGUAAAAAAUGGGGAAUCCCCAUCGAAAAGAUCUACAACAAGACUCAGCGGGAGAAGUUCGCCUGGGCCAUCGACAUGGCCGACAAUGAUUACCAGUUCUGAAGUGAGGAAAGAGAAACAGCAGCGUAUUUCGUUUUCAUGAGGGUUCAGCAUUUAUCCGUCGACUCCGCCCCGCGUCCCAACGGGUUCCAGCGACGCGCGGGAAAAAACUAGACUUUUUAAAUCCAAACUCACAAUUCGGCUGAUAAAAUGUUUCAAUCCAAGUCCUGAGCGUGGAACCCUGAGGAGAUCCACCACCACCACCAUGUCGCUCCGAUACGUGCGCGCACACACACACACACACACACACACACACACACACACACACACACACACGGCUUUCCACAUGCUUUCUGGGUUUUUAAGUGUUGAGUCGUAGGUUUUAGUCGCCGGAUUUAUCGAUGAAUUCUAUAUUUUAAUAUAAGAAAUGAAAUUGUUUUAAGAGAAGAGGAACGCCGGGAACCGAGCUACGGAAAGCCAUCUGUGAAAGACUCCAGACACGAUCGUGUGUGUGUGUGUGUGUGUGUGUGUGUGUGUGUGUGUGUGUGUGUGUGUUUUAUUUUGGUUUUUUGUUUGUUUUAACUCCAGCAAGAUGUAGACGUCAAUCAUGUACUCAAAAGCGUCGUCUGAGGGAUGCACCAAUCCACUGUUUUUUUUGUUUUGUUUUGUUUUUCAUCACACUCUGAGGAUCGUCAUGGAAACAACACUGAGCCGCCUUUUUUUUUUUUUUUUUUUUUUUUUUAAAUCCUUUCCUUAGUUGGGUCACUGAGCCAGAACGAGAUCUCGACCUGAGGAAUCUCCAGACACAUUUUAUUUAAAAUAAUUGGAAAACAUUUUUAUGUCCUAUUAAUGAUUAUCGAAUAGAAAUUUUAUUUAAUUCCUUUUUAAAUCAAAAGAAACAAAACAAUUGACGAGACCCUUUUACAUGAGUACUGUACUGUGUUUGGAGUUACUAUCGAAUGAAUUUGCAUUAAUUUACAGUAAAUUAAACACUUGUGCUUUUUCUUUUUAGUGUGUGUAUAUAAUAUAUAUAUAGAUAUAUAAUCAAUAAAAUCCAGGAAUUUUUUUCUUUAUUUCUUUUAAUUAAAAAAAAACUAACAGCUUACCUUUUUUUGUCCAAAUAAUUAAUCCAAUAGAAUUUAUAUUAAACUGUAAAUGCAGGCGAAUUGAUUCUUGAUUCAUUCCUCUGAUGCGUCUCGCAAAUUCUUUUUUAGCAAAUAAUUUUUUGUAAAUUUUUUUUUUUUUUUUUUUAUAUAAAAAAAAAAAAAAGCGCACCGUGCGCCCCCACUACACACACACACACACACACACACACACAAUCUGUUGUCCUUUUGGUUCCCACUCUGGAUCGGUUUGAGGGGAAAAUAAUUCUCAAUCCAUGAUAUCAGAUUGGUGCAUCCCCUUUUUUUUUUUUUUUUUUUUUUUUUUUUUUUUUU